AUGUAUGACGGGUUGUCUAUAGUCCACUCUCCAAGGACUCCGCACAUACAGACUGACAAAGAUGGCGGCGAUGCACCAGCUGUCAAAGAAGACGCUUCAAAUGUAAUCACACUCUCCGGUGAGAACUUUGAGCAAGGCGUAGCGUCUGGUUUCACAUUCGUGAAAUUCUUCGCACCGUGGUGCGGCCAUUGCAAACGCCUCGCGCCUACUUGGGAUGAAUUAGGCAAGAAAUUCAUUGGUCAUCCUGAUGUUGACAUUGUCAAGGUCGAUUGCACGCUAGAGGACAACAAGGAGUUGUGUAAUGAACAAGAAGUGGACGGAUUUCCAUCCGUGUUUCUCUUUAAGAAUGGCAAACGUAUUUCCGAAUACAAUGGUAAUCGUAGUCUGGAGGAUUUAUACGAGUUUGUUCAACAGCAUUUGAGUGCUCAUGAUGAAUUGUAA